AUGGAGGAGUUCAAGUAUUUUGCAGAAUUCAUGAAGAAAUGGUUAGCGGAAGAAGGGGAAAAUGCCAUGAGCGCGAGUGUUUUAUUGAAAAGAGUAAGAGAAGGAAUGGACACUAUGCUAGAUAAUGUUCAGGACAACACGCAGGAUGAAGAGGAACUUUGUGCCAAAAAGGACGACAACACUGGCAAGGAAAUAUUGGAUGAUGCAAAUAAAAAUUUAUGUAAAAUAUUAAUCAGGUUAUUCUACUGGAUAGCUGGAUUAAGACAAAGGGGGGAUAGCGGGAAAAAAAUGUGGGUAUGGGAAAAAGAAGUGCUGACCAAGGAAGUCGAGGAACACGUGCAAGAUUAUUUAAGGUGUAUAUUAGGAAAAAUACUUGUAGUAAAAAUAUUAGCAGCACACUGCGAUACGAGCAGAGUGGUUCCAGUAUUGCAAAAGGCAAUAGACGAAACCAUAGAUCCAAGAGGUGUCAAGGCGAAACAUGAGAAAUGUAAAGGAAUGGAUUUUGAGAGUUUAAGUAUGGGACGUAAAUUUUUUUGGGAAGAAAUAGAAGAAUUCAUAGAGCAGAAUGAGGGUAGAGGGAAAACUAUUAAGAAAUUAAUUAAGGGGGAAAAUUGUAAAAUUGAAGGUGGUGCCCCGGUGGCGACGGGGAAUGGCGCAGAGGACAAGUGGAAGGGUGUUAAGAAACUAAUGGGAUUUAAUAGUGGGAAUGAGCUGCAAGAAUUGAUCAAUGAUAAUAAUAGUUGGCCAAAGGGAGCAUUGGGCAGAACACUAUGUUACAUAAAGAAUAGGGAUACACAGGGGAAUGGGGACAUAGGGGGCAUAUUGAAGCAGAUGCAUGAGUCAGGCGGGACAUAUAGGGGACCAUUAGUAGGGUCUCAUGGAAGUCAGGAAGGCAAGUCUACAACCAUUCCUACCGCAUGCGAUGAUGUGGAGGAAGAUGGUCCAUCGGGUAAACCUGAACCUCCACAAUUACCAUUCCCAGCUGGUGCACCACCAGGAGGGCAACAAGCUUCGGUAGGAACACCACCAGCUCAUGUACAAACAAUACAGCCGGUAUCAACUGAACCCCAAACAGCACAUCCCACAGCAGCAACAACAACUUCUGCUUCAAGUUCCAGUUCCUCCAGUAGUUCCAGUAGUUCAAGUUCCAGUUCCUCUGGAGCCGAACCCACAGCUCCUGGUGAUACUGCAAGUACUGGUACUACUGCUGCUGCAGGUGCAGGGGUACUGGGUGGUUUAGUACCAGGUGCUGGUGGGGUUGUACCUGGUGUUCCAGGGGUAGGUACACUUCCUGCUAGUGGUGAUUCAGGUGCACCUUCAGGUGGUGGUGGUGCCGGUGGUGUGGGAGGUGGAUCCUCUGGAGGUGGUAGUGGUGGUAACACUAUUACUGGUACUGGUGCUGGUCAAGGAACAGGUCCAGGUCCUGGUUCACCAGCUCCAGUACCACCCCCUCCUCCUCCACCACAGCAACAACAGAGUGGUCAACAACCAAUACAACAGCAGCAACCUCCUUCUCAAGCUAUUCAACCAGCUGUUCCUGUAGUACCAUCAACUACUCCAGCUCCGACUAGUCCAGGUGGUGGUGCCGCUGGUGGUCCUGGCCCAGGUGCUGCUGUUGGUGCUGCUGCUGGAGGGGCCGGGGUAGCGGGCGGUUUAGUACCAGGUGCUGGUGGAGUUGUACCUGGUGUUCCAGGGGUAGGUGGUGUGCCAGGAGUUGGUACUCCAGCAGCAGCAGCAAAUGCUGAUGCUACUCCCGCAGCUGGUGCUGCCACCACCACGGAUGGAGGACCUUCUGCUGGUCAAAUAUUUUGGGGUUUGGGAAGGGGAUUAUCCAAAAUGGUGCAAGGAUUAUUUUCGUCAGUAAUUCCCUCAGCUAUACAUGGGGCAGCAUCUUCCGCCCUUAAUACUGUUUCUAAUGUAGUAAAACCCGUUAUAAGGAUAGCUGAUAAAGCUGAUAAAGCUGCAAAAGCUGCAGAAGCUGCAAGAGCUGAAGCAGCUGCAGAAGCUGCAAGAGCUGAAGCAGCUGCAGAAGCUGCAAGAGCUGAAGCAGCUGCAAAAGCUGCAGAAGCUGAAAAAGCUGCAAAAGCAGAAGCAGAUGCAAAAGCUCAAGAAGCUGCUCUUGUGGCUCCGGCAGCACCACCCCCUGCUCCUGUUCCCGUUAAUGAUAGUGUCGCCGUUUCUGGUACAUCACCAACUUCUGAUGGUGGUAGUGGUGUUGCUGGUGUUGGAGAACCAACACCAGCUGCUGCGGCAGCUCCAGGCGGUCGUGGGGCUGUACCUGGUGUUCCAGGGAUAGGUGGUGUGCCAGGGGGAGUGGGUGCAGCAGCUGGUCGUGCAGGACCUGUUGCUGGGGGCGGUGGUGGAAAAGUACGCCUGCGCAAUACACCACAAGGAGGUAAAACUCCACUUCGACCGAAGGUUGUAGAAUGGGAUAUAAGGAAUGUAAAGGAUGUUAUCAUCCCCUAUAUUCCAAUAAUUCCUGUUGUAUUAGGUGUUUCUGUAUUUGGUUUCCUUUUUUUUAAGUAUUUUGGAUUUUCUGGUCGACAAAAACGACGUUCCCGACGUGCGGCACAAAUCCCGAGGAGUCCUCCCCCUUUCGAAGAACAUAUGGAAAAAGGUGCUCUAACCAUAUCUUAUGCACCUUCUCAGUAUUAUAUGGUUAGAAGACGCCAUCCUCUAUUUAGUGCCGAAAGGCAGCGAGCAAAAAAACAUAUCUUAAAAGGAAUAAGCGAAAAAACUAUUAUUCAUGUUCACUUGGAGGAAGUAAAUGAAUACAAGAACCAAGAACAAAACUAUGCGUCGUCGCCAUUAAUGGAUAAAGUCGAUUUUCUUCAAAUCAUCGUGGAGGAAUUUAUGGGAUCCGCAUAA